AUGUCUCCGGUCCGAGAUCUGGCACCCAUCGGAUUGGAAGUACCUAACAAACUCAGCAUCGUCCUUGGGCAUAUUCUGCCCUCUACGGUGCACGUGAGAAUUCCAUGCGUUCCCUCGCUCCUCCAUUACGAUCCGCAGGGCACCCUACUAGGGUCCGCCUUUCUCGUGCGUCAAUAUGUUCACGGCUCAACGUUACAGGAAUUGGAAAGUCGACUUACCUCUGAAGAUCGGCGAGACCUCGAUCGGCAAUUGGGCCUUCUCGUGAACAUGAUAGGUCAACACACCGCUGACUCGUUCGGGACCCUGGAGCAGGUGGCUUUGGGAUCGGGGACAAGAUCAUGGCGAGAAGCCUUCCUCGUGCACUUCGAAAGCAUCCUUCGCGACUCGGAAGAUGUCUUUGUUCAUCUUCCCUAUGCGGAGAUUCGGCAUCAGGUCGGUCGACUGUCUCCGGCCUUAGACCAGAUCACCUCACCGCGGCUGGUGAUAUGCGACUUUGGCCGGCCCUCAACCGUGUUGCUGGACCCUGUUUCGAGACAGCUGGCUGGGAUCACAGGGUUCGACAGCGCUCUCUGGGGUGACGUCUACAUGGGGGAGAUCUUUGAAGACCCGUCGCCUGCCGUGCUGGAUGGGUUCGCAUCGCGUGACAUUGACUGUGAGCCGGACUUGAUCCGUCAAUUACUGUAUGCCUGCUACCGUUCGAUUCACAACAUCACCAUUCAAUACUAUCGGGAGAGAAACUCGGCAGCCGAAAUCGAAGCACGAAGACGGUUAACUAGGGUUCUAACGAAGAUGGCUGCAAUUGAGAUUGUUGAAGCUCGUGUGGGUGUUUAA